UUCUAUCCCACCCGUUUUGCUGCCCAGUCUUUCUCGUUCUUUCUCUGGCAAUCAUGGCGUGGCAGAGCCCCAAUUGCGUCUUGCAGGCCAUGCAAUCCGUCCGCCGGAGUGCUGCCCCAUGGCGGUCGUCCCUACUGCAACCCUCCAAAACGCCCACAUGCCCCAUCACCCGGAACGCCGUCCCGAGCCUCUCCCAGCAGCAGCGCACAUACGCGACCGAAGUGCAAGCGGCCCCGGAGAUCGACUUCUCGGCCUUCCAUGCCCUGCCGGCACGGAUCGUGCCCCGAUCUCGGUCCUACUUCUCCGGCAGCCCCAAGUUCAUCGACAACAUCCUGGGCCUGGAGCGACUGCUCGCGCAAAACUCCGCACUGCCGACGGUGCCCGCGAACGAAGCGCCGCGCAAGGCCUGGCUGAAGCUGGCCCAGUUCCGCGACUACGUGGGCGAGCCCGUCGCCACGAAGAAGUACAAGAACAUGCUCAAGCUCCUGCAGCGGCUAAACCGCAUCGACCCCGCGGUGAUCCCCGCGGAGGUGACGGCCAUGCUGACGGAGUUCCUCCGUCCCGGUAACCCGUACAGUUUCCAGCCGGCGCCGCCGACGGUGGAUGAGAUGGGACGGGCGCGCGGGCGGGGGAAGCGGAAGGAGUCGUCGGCUGUUGCGACGGUGGUGGAGGGCGAAGGGGAGGUGAUGGUGAACGGGAAGACGCUGGCGGAGGCGUUCCCGCGGAUCCACGACCGCGAGAGUGCGUCGUGGGCGCUGCGGAGUUCGUCCCGGCUGGAUAAGUACAAUGUGUGGGCGACGGUGCGCGGUGGGGGGACGACGGGGCAGGCGGAAGCCGUCGCGCUGGCGGUCGGGCGGGCCUUGAUGGUGCAUGAGCCGGGUCUGAAGCCGAUUCUCCGGAAGGCCGGCGUUAUCACGGUGGAUGCACGACGUGUGGAAAGAAAGAAGCCUGGUCAUCUCAAGGCGCGCAAGAUGCCCACCUGGGUCAAGCGGUGAGGGGAUAUUUGGGCUCCUUUCUUUCUAUGUACUUUUCCUUUUGGGUAUUUCCUAGUUCUACAUUCUGCGAGCUGUACUAUUAUCAUUCCUCCUAUCUACCUACAUAACCUAUCAUGUUCAAGUAUGUCCCGUAUAGUAAGCAGCAUCAC